AUUUCGUCCUAUGUCUUCAGUGUCACGAAAGCGCGUUGCGUCUAGUUCUGCGGGCUCGAGCUCUACCAAGAGACGGAAGAUUCAGGCUAAAAGUUCGACGGUCACUGUCACAACAGUGGUAGAAGAAUCGCGUCAGAACAGUGUGUCUGACAUAAAGGCCGUCAUAGAGAACUUAGAACACCAUACCAUGGGGGAUUCCUGGAGGACUGCGUUAGAAAAAGAAUUCAUGAAGCCGUAUUUCCAAAAGCUCAAAGAAUUCCUCAUUGCGGAGCAUCAUACGCACACUGUAUACCCAAAACUGAACGAUAUCUACUCUUGGUCACGAUUGACACCACUCGACUCUGUAAAAGCCGUUAUACUUGGCCAGGAUCCAUACCACAAUGUUGGACAAGCCCACGGGCUCUCUUUCUCUGUCCUCCCACCGACUAAGCUCCCUGGCUCCCUAAAGAAUAUCUACAAACAACUAUCAAGUGACAUUCCCGCUUUCAAAGUCCCCACGUCUGGGGAUCUGACGCCCACGGCAAAGGCUGGAGUUCUCUGGUUGAAUACCUGCCUGACCGUACGGGCGCAUAAUGCCAACUCGCACUCAAAAAAAGGCUGGGAGACCUUCACUGACGCCGUCAUUCGAGCAGUGCUCGACCGCCCGGACGGAAGAGGGGUUGUUUUCUUUGCCUGGGGUUUGCCUGCACAAAAACUAUACGACAGACUUGGAAUUGACGAGGAAAAGCACCUGUUGUUAAGAUCUCCGCAUCCGUCUCCUCUUUCAGCCCAUCGGGGCUUCCUGGGAAAUGGGCACUUCAAGAAAGCCAAUGAAUGGCUACAGAAUAAACAUGGGGAAGAGAUUGAUUGGGCGAGUCUCGGCUCUGUUCCACAUUCAGAUGCAGAUAACUAGCUACUCUAACAUCCCAAUGACAUGAAUUAUGGCAACAUCGACAUCUCACCU